UUUAAUGGCAAGUUUUCUGUCGAUGGCCUAUUGUAGUCACGAUAUGGUAAAGUGGCGACGUUGAUAUUUGUUGUUACACUUAAGCGAUCCACCGCUAUGAAAGUGGAAGAAAACUAUUUGGAAACUCAAAAUACCUCAUACAACAUCGAUUAAUCACAAAUAUAAAUAUACAGACUAAACGUCUGAACUUGGGUAAGAUUCGGUAGUACUUUUGAGCAUAAGUGAAUGACCAUAAAACAUCACAGAUGAUUGUCUCUAAUUUUAAUGGACAAAGAUUCGUGUUCUUAUACCACAAGCAGAACUCCCAUGAACCACCUAGCACCCUGAUCACCCUUGAAGCAGAUAUUCCUAACCAUUGUAUCAGGCAGACAUGGUCCGACUCAGCAUUUUGCUGGCUACGCAUAUUGUUACGGAUCAGAAGAAUCAGCUUGACAGCCAUCUGUAUUAUAACGAAAUAGAUAUCUACAAUAAUAGGUGCACAUUAUACCUGUGAACUGCUGUGUACGGAGAAUAACCUACCAAACACCCGAGCGUAGGCUGAUCAUUCAUUGCAUUGACGCAAUCCUAAUUGCAUACAAACACAUGCGUUAUCGAGUCGGAAUAAAACGCUUAUACUACUACCAAGCAGAUCAUUUAAGAGCGCUGUAAACGAACAGGAUCAGCAUUUACCGCUGCUGAAGAGAUCGGUUAAAGCUCUACGUCGGUAUAGGAAGAUUAUUCCAACUGGCGCCUGCUGUUACACAUGGGUUCUAUUAGGACAGUAUCAAGACUAGAAAAGAUUUAGGCUAAGAACAGCUUCACCUCGCCAAGAGCAAGUUUUCAUCCUUCUCGGGAAACCGUAGCAGCGAAGAACAGCGCUUUUACCUACUUCCGCUUCUAUUAAGGUCUUUAGGCUCGCCCCUCGGCGCCUUUUGGAGUCCCCAAGUUGUUUUACCAGCGUCGUGGCCUAGAAAGACCAGAAUUGUCAACUAUGGACCAGGUGUAUGAGUACAACAUAGCAUAGCACGGUUCUAGCGUCAAAGAUUAUACGAGUUAUGAUAACAGCACUGUGACAGACAGCAAAAGAGGAAACUAUUUUUACUCCAUUGAACGAAGCGGAACGCCAUGUGGGCCCAGCAGCUCUGCGACCUUACCGGCUCACUCACAACUAGAAUACCCAGUGAUGCCUUAAACAUGGACUGAUCUCGCGCGAGCCGCGAUACAAGUGAAACAAGUAAGGAGUCAAGCUAGAACGCAUUCAGCAUUCAUACCAAGAGCAACCCUGAAUAAAACAAGUUGCUGGGAAGUGUACGUUUGUCAUAGUAUCUCGACGCAAAACAGGAACAGAGAAUCAGGAAGUGACAAUGAGACGAGUUAUCUCCUUAUUGUUUUUGCCACCACAAUUUCUACGGUACCACGUUCGUACAGAUGCAUUGAGUGGAAUUGGUUUCUAAGUGAAUGUCGAAAUGAGUCAUGCAUAGAUAUCGUCAUGGACGAAGGAGACUGAGAAAAAGAACCCACAAUAGACGGAACCUUCUGGAGGUCGUGAAAGGGGCCCUGCCCUGCGUUGCCUGUUCUCUUAAAACGGGACGGGCUACAGAAUAUAGAACUGGCUAUUCUAGGUUGGGUGGAACAUUAAAGGAAAAAUCGUACCUGCCAGAGAUGGCGCCAAUCGAAUCUCCUGUGGCUCCGCCAACAUUCGGUUCGUUUGGUCGCAGUACCGGAUCUCGACUUCGAGCGACCAGUCUUGCCAGAUUUCAUCGAUUUUCAAAUGGUUGCCAGACGUGGACGCCAGGCAUGUUCGCUAGGUGCGGCGACGGCACCUGCGAUUGCUGCCCCUACGGGUAUCACAUCGAUCUUGAUUUUGUUCGAUUCUGCGAAAGCCUUAAAGAUACCGCCGGAUACCAGAGCUAUCUUGAACACCUGCAGGCGCUUAAACGCGGAAAACGGGAACAGAGGAAGGCGCUUGAGGAAGUUUAUGCUUGCCCUCAGCUUCUCUUUCACCCGCGGACAAGUUCACCUUCAGCGAAGGACCAUGCAGGCAGCACGAGCGAUGUUGAAAUGGCAAAAAGACAACAGCUUCUACUUCAACACCGCCAUCAACAAAAUGAACCCCACUUUUCGUUUAAUAAAAGGACACGGCCUCCAAUUCCGUUUUGGUGGUUGUGCGACGUGGCUAGUCCUGCAGCUGGACAGAAAUCACCCUGCGAAGACCCUGAACAAGACCUCAGCAGCCUUACCGAUGUCAUUCAGGACUUUGAGGGCACCCUGCACUCGUCAUACGAAGACAACCCAGAUACGACAGGAAAAACCGACCGAACGGGAAAAGCAAUGUGUCCUAGAAAAGGAGCCCCUCAACGUUACCGCGAGGGCUCCCUUGAACCGAUUCUCCUCGAAAAACGCUUACCUCCGGAUGGUGGUGACUCCAUUAGCGAACUUAAGCUCAAUACAAAGCUGACGGAGGAGCAGUGCCGUCGCCACGUCUACUCGGAAGAGGAACAGCGCAAAGCCGAACAGCUCCUGGAUAUGAUUUUUGGCGAUGGCAAACUUGUUGAGGAGAUCGAAGUCGAUGACGCUGAUUAUAAGGAUGGUGGACAUCGGCGGAAGUCAGCUAGAAACGCCGACGUUUCAAAACAACGUAGUGACUCUGUCAGUUCCUCCGAAUCGAUCAACACGAUAUCCAGCCUUAAUUAUCCAACUUCAUCGAAAAGCAGCGCAUCACGGCAGCUCGAAGCAACGAUGGCCUCACUGAAUCCGGCGGGGUCAGAGUUUGCUGAGCGAAGCGUUUCGUUUGCUGCUUCUAAAGAUUUGGACAGUCCACUAAAGACUCUGGGAGAUCUGGUAGGUUCCGAUAGGUCGGCUUCUUGGCUUGCUCCAUAUGGGUCGACCCGUGUCACGAUCGAUCGCGCAGUUCUGGCCAAAAUUCGUGAUCAGUUGUCGGCAUGUCUUGUGAAAAUGCGAGAUCUGGAACUUCAGGCAAAGAGCGUCCCUGUGCUGCAGGUAAAAAUGUCCGUUUUGAAGGAGGAAAAGCGUUUGCUUAAACUUCAGCUUAAAGCAAAGAACAACCUCCGAGACGGUAAGGCCGACCCUGGAGCUCACGAACCUCCUCUGUCGAGUAGAACAGGCAUGAGUGCUGCGGGUUCAUUGCUAUCUGUAGCAUCGACUAGCAGAUCUCAUCCCGGUGAUGAGAGUUCGCGAAGUCAGUCGAGGCUACCCACAACAGCAGAUACGAUUCACCCUCCUCCCCCACGACCAUCAAUGAGCGUCCAAAGCCCUGUCGGAUCCCGGGGACCAUUGCUUCCCAAGCUCGAACCAUUGAAAGUUGAGGAACUUCCGUCGUCCACUUCGGCCAUGUCGCCGAUUCGACCGUCUAAGCUUGAGGCACUAGAGACUGGUGUAGCAAGGGUUAUGAGAGGUCGUAGAUCAGUAGCAGGCGGUGGGCCGGAUGAGACUGAAGCAGAUUGGUCCGGGGUCCACGAGAGUGCGACCGGCACAUCACUCAAGGAUGAAUUGUGGCGCGAAACGAUGCAGGAGCCGAAAUACAAAAGCGACCAGAAGGGAAUCAGUGGCCGUGCUUCAAAUAAGAUCCUCGGAGAUUAUCUAGCCAAAGCAUCCGUUAAUCCAGAGCCAUUAAUUAUUCCUGGCUACUAUCAUCAUACCGGAAUAAACUGUUGUACGGAAACGCAAAGUCGUUCCACCCCUAUGGAAGGCGCGCAGAGACGUACCGCCGAGCCUGAGUCCGUAUCGCCUUUGCCUGUUCCUUUACGCGAGGAUCGAGCUGAAUCGCAGAUGAAAACGCUGUGCGACGAAUGUCAAAAGGAUUCGAUCCGGCUAAGGAAGGAUCCUCGGACAAGCGCGACACAGACUACGGCGGUAACACCAAGAGACUGCGUUGAGUGCGUGGAACGCCGCAAAAGACAGCUACGUUCGACAGCCGUUAACACUGACGUAAGGCCGAUAACACCCGAACCCCUGAGGAAAAGUGCCAAAGAAGCUUUUAUCUUAGACAUCUGUGACGGCACCCCGUUCACUCCCAAAAGUACAUCAUUUUGCGCCGAAUGUGAUCGUCGUCGGUCAGUUCGAAGUUAUUCAGUUGGCUCAGCUACCGAAACUCCACGUACGCGGGACUCCAGCUGUGAUCCUCUUCCCGAACUCAAGCCAGUAUUUAAGAAAACCCCGCCGACACCGCCACCGAAACCAGCGGCCUUUACUCGUGGCGUUGCUGUUCAGUGUAGCACCUCGAUCACCGUUUCACAGGCUGUUCAGGUGACGCCUGAGCGAGUUCGGACGCGGCAUGUCGGCGCUCAGAGCGAUUGGCGGGCUUGUCAACGAGCGCAAGGAACGCAGACUCGGAGGACUGAGAACGAGCGCUCGAAAAAACUCGACACGAACUCCGUUGCGAGCGGCGACUAUGAUGUGCGACACGCCGUUUGCGACUCGUGCGCUCAUAGGCGUCUGCGGUCCAUAGGAACAGGCGACGUUGCCGUCUACGAUACGUGCUGUAAUCGUUGCGCCGUAUUUAGUAAAUGCGAUGGCGCUGUUCAGUGUGAGUUGUUAACGUCGGAGGCCAGUGAUGGAAGCGUCUCAAGAGCAAAUCACCGAGGAAUUCAAAAAAUCGAGAUGAAGGAUCAGGAAGUUCUUACCGAUGACUCGUACUGUGACGAAAUCACUGAGCUAAUCGCCAUUCCAUGUGAGCGGUGCGAUGUGGAACGACGCGACUUCGGCUUUGGAGAUGAGGAUGUUUUUGCGGCAGAAACAAGGUUACAGGUUGUACCGAGGGCGCUUAUUGCUACGGAGGAGGUGGGGGUUAUGACGGACCAUUCAAUCAUUGAGCCUCUGUCAUUUCCACCAGCAGCAGCGGCCGCUCCAGGUGGAGUCGCCGCCGCCGCCACCACCGCCGCCGGCGGCACAGCGUUAUCACGUACAUCAUCCGCCUCAUCUAUGAGUCACCUGACUGGAAAUGUCCGCCUGUGCGACAAAUGCAGCUGCGCCAUUGAAUCCGUGGCGAAGGAUUUCAUCGAUCAGAACCUCGAUCACCUCGUUGCCGAAGUCACCAACGAUCCGCCUGUGCCAACUCUUCAAAGUCGCAUUCCGAAACUUAGUCACUCCCGGGGCUCGCGCGCACCGCCGAGGCGAACAAAGCCGGCUCCGUUUGAUAGCGUUUCGCGAUCGCUACGUAGAGAUGUUACGCCGUCAGCAUCCACAGCGGCUCCUCUCAGCAUCGGCUCAUUAGACGACCAACCGAUUUUGGCCAACCAAACGCCAUCGAUUAUCCCGGGAUCGAUGGAGCGGCUUCCUGGAGAAAAAGGCACAAGUGAUGGGUUUGAUAGUGAUCACUGCCUGUCGUGGGACUCGUCGUAUAUCUACUCCGGGGACUCGUGUUCCGGUGACACCGAAGAGGACGAAGACGAAUUCGUUUCGGUGGGCAGAAUUAUCUGUCAUUUCCCGCUACCACUGCAACAUCCAGCUACACUUUUAUGUCGAACAGACGAGCGUGACGCCGUCCAGGUAACGACAUCUCAAUACACGGCCGCAACGGACAACGGUACGCUUGUGCAUUGCCCAUUUCUCGCUGUAGAUCCGGCUGGCAGCCUAGUGCUAUGCGGCACAAGUGGAAGCGCCAGCAGCAGCGGCUGCACGGGAAGUGGUUCCAGCGUCAUAGGCCACUGGGAACAACAGGAACAGCAACAAAAACAAGAAUCACCGACAUGCACCAACAGCGGAACAGCUGUCGACGGAGACUGUCCUCAAGGACCAGGCGCGGCUUGUCCUGCGGCCGAAACUUUGCACGAGAGUGCAGUCCCGGAAAUGACAGCCUUGGAAAGUCCGCAGCAUGUUUAUGUUCCGCCAGGCAUUAUACAGGUGUCGACUGCAGCCACGGCUUGCACGGGUUGGCCUGUCAAAACCAGUAACGACGAUAAAGUGAAAAGGAGCUCGUGUGAACUUAACGAUACUACUCCAUCAACAGCAACUAUACCAGCGUGGCACACUUUGACCCGCGAAAUGGAGUCUGCCUGUCUGAUCCUGAACGAAUACCUUCAAAGGCCUGAGAAGAGUGAUCCGAACAAACUCAAAGCUGCGAUGUCUCGUAUACAGACGGAAUGGUUCGGUGUUACCAGUGGUCCGGAAACCGACCCCGCCCAUGUCCAGGAAAUUCUUGAGGAGCUUGACAAGAUAUCCAACCAUCUACUACACCGCGUUAUCAAUAUGGCCGAUAAUAAUGGUAACACCGCCCUGCACUAUGCCGUAUCGCAUGGAAAUUUUACGGUAGUAACGCGCUUGUUAGAUUCACGAGCAACUGACGUAAAUAAGCAGAACCGUGCCGGUUAUACGCCAGUGAUGCUAGCCGCACUCGCUAGCCUUGGUACCAACGAGGCCACUCAACGCGCUAUUGUGCACCGAUUAUUCCAGAUGGGCGACGUUAACUCGAAGGCCUCGCAGAAUGGUCAGACUGCUUUAAUGUUAGCGGCAUCGCAUGGUCGAGCUGAUAUGGUGAAAGCGCUACUGGAGACGGGGGCAGAUCCCAACACUCAGGAUAACGAUGGCUCGACAGCGCUGAUGUGCGCGGCUGAACACGGAUAUAUUGAUGUCGUUCGAAUGCUGUUAGCGAACCCCGACGUCGAGAUCAACAUCGCCGACCAUGACGGACAAACCGCCUUGUCAAUUGCUAUGGAGGCAGGCCACAAGGACACAGCUCUGCUCAUCUACGCCUCGUCCAACUUUUCACGAGGAAGUUCGCCGUACUCAUCGUUGCGAGGUCGCAAAUCUCGAAUUUCGCCACGGGCCACUCCUCCGCCAUCGAGGCCCUCUCGGACGCCGCCCCCUCCGGGACCCUCCCGGCCAUCUCGAACGCCGCCCCCGCCAUCGCCCUCUCGAUCACGUAAAGGCUCCACCUCAUCGGUGUCAUCCUUCAGCCGAGCCUGGUUCUAACCAACUCAUAAGCUUCAUAGGCUCCGGCAUUUUCGUCCUAAUGUACACUGUUAAGCUAGAUUAAUUAUAUAUGCUUGCUAUGAGAGGACGGGCAGCUUGAGCGUAGAGCAGAAGAGCUAUUGAUCAACACAGGCGUGCGGUGCUCGGUGAAACGCUUUCGUGCAUCUUAAUACACGAGCGAGUUCUGUUGCCAGGCUGCGCCCUUUGGCCUACUUGUACCUAUGCACGACUCGACAAAUUAUAUACGGAGCUGCGGACAAUACAUCGUAAUUUGGACAAAUAAUGGUUGCUUAUAGUUUGACAUAAAACAAGGGACCUGUCUUUCUUGAUAUAAUGAAAUUUGUGGAGUUUUAGAAGUUCAUGUUCGGCAUUGAUAAGCAUCACUAUCCUGUAGAUACAAGUAACAAAUGUUCCCUUUUUUUUUGUUUUUUUUUUUUCCAUAAUUUACAAUCCGUAUUAGUAAGAGCAAUCCAGCUAUGUGUUUACGUAUUGCUACCAGCGUAUUAGACCACUUUUAUUGCUUGAAUCAGUAACUAAUAAAUUCCCUUAGCUCUGAUGCUAUGUUUGUAUCAGCUACGAAAGCGUACAGCAACAGAAUUGAGAAUCGACAGAAUGGUACCCAAUGGCCUUGCACGAAGAGACGAUUUGAAUUCAGAUACCCGUUUUCGGAACGUAUCUGACAUUAUCUACGAAUUAUAUACCUAAUUAUGUUUCUAUAAUCUAUCGUUAUCAGAUCUAUCAGGACGAAAGAAAAUACCUACUGUUUAACUAACAAUCAAUUGAGUGAUCAUAUUUAAACUAACAAUUAUUUAUCAUGAGCAUAUAUUUGUUGUUAUUGUGGUGACGACAUAAUACUGGAUUGACGUCUGGUGUAACAGGUCGCCUUGCGGCCUUAGCGAACUUCUUCGACGUAUCCUAAUUACCUAAUUGAGCUUACUUACGAACAACCAGCGAUUCGACAACUGUGCUAUACCCUUAAAUAUGACGAAACAGUAAAUAAAAGCUAUAUCCCGCAUUGCCACGCUUCGACUGAUUGCCAAAGAUGGCCUCGCGCUCAUGUCGCACAGAUAAUUAUAUGUAGUAGCCAUCGAAUACUGUUUUUCAAUGUAUCUAUUUAUCAAACCGCUUCGUUAUAUCAAGCGGUUCCUCUCUUAAAAUUAUCAACAGCGCCCAGCGGAAUGCCGACUUUUUUCACUGAUGAUUUUUUUUCUGGUCUUAUGGCAAUCGAAUGGUGUUCAUUCUUUAACAGGCUUUUGUAACGGUCUUUUUUUUUGUCUCAACUAGUUCUUUGGUAGGCCUUAUUUUUACAUAUUGGAUAUUGAAUUACGGUUAAGGAAGCAUCUUAACCGUUAUACAAAACCUUACUCUUUUUGGCAAAAAAACACUCGUCCAUCAUCUUGAUGGUAUAUACUGAACGUUGUUGAUGUUAUUAUGGGGCUAAAGCUCUGCCAUCAGCCAAGAUGUUCAAUAUCGUGCAACGUAUGAAGUUGCACAUAUGUCACAUUAUAAAGACAUUGUAGAGAUACGUUUAGUUGUGUAACGCGACCAAGUGUCUUACCUAGUCGAUUAGAAAACAUUUCCUUGGUCUUUUCGUACGAGGCUUGGCAGUUCGCUUUUACCUUGUGGAUGAUGCCUCUGCUGGCGCGUUUCGCAGCGGCACCCGGAUCAAUAAAUUCCUGGUGAUCGUCAUAGUGGGCUUGAGUAUAGCAUUCUCCAUGAUGGCCGUGCGUUCCUUAUUAUUAGGCAUGGGAAGCCUGUAAAUUUGGUGCAACUGUGUGGUGCCGUGUUCGAUGUAGUCUGUGAAUACGCGUAAACGAACGCUUUUUUUCUCAAAAAACUGAGUAUCUUCACUCGAUAGGCUUCUAUACUUUUUACCAUUUGAAAUAGUACAAGCUAUAUUUAUUGAUCUAUCGAUCUGGUUAAAACAAAAUUGUCUUCCUGUUGUCAGCGAGCAACAACGAAGAGAUUGGCUAAACCUCGCUCUGUGCCUUAUAUAUA